CGGCCACCGCACUCACCUCUUUCAAAAUUAACUUCCUCCAUCCUCUGUUUGCCGAUCUCACAACUGGGUUUCAAGAAAUGAGCCUGUGCGGCGGGAGUGUUUCUGCGGCAGACUUCACCUGCCAAACCAACUCAAUUCCCACGCCCGCAGGACAACAGAGUUUGAAAUUUUCAUUUUUACAAGCAAGCAAAAGCACGAAUGGGAGGAACGUCGCCCGUGGUCCUUUGCAGGUAGUGUGUAUGGAUUACCCAAGACCAGAGCUUGACAACACUGUUAAUUUCUUGGAAGCUACUUCUCUAUCUUCAUCUUUCCGUGCUUCCCCUCUACCGGCAAAGCCACUCAAAGUUGUAAUUGCUGGGGCAGCUUUAGUUGGUUUGUCCACUGCAAAAUAUUUGGCAGAUGCAGGUCACGAGCCUCUGUUGCUGGAAGCAAGAGAUGCUCUAGGAGAGUUCAGCUGGUUUGAUUUCCCAGAAGUUCUACCAGCACCUUUCAAUGGAAUAUGGGCCAUAUUGAAGAAUAAUGAAAUGCUGACUUGGCCAGAGAAAGUGAAAUUUGCAAUUGGGCUCCUGCCAGCAAUGAUUGGUGGGCAGGCUUAUGUUGAGGCUCAAGAUGGUUUAAGUGUUACACAGUGGAUGAGGAAUCAGGGCAUGCCUGAUCUAGUGACUGAUCAGGUGUUUAUUGCCAUGUCAAAGGCUCUAAACUUCAUUAACCCAGAUGAACUUUCAAUGCAGUGCAUACUGAUUGCUUUGAACAGAUUUCUUCAGGAGAAGCAUGGCUCAAAGAUGGCAUUCUUAGAUGGCAAUCCACCAGAGAGGCUCUGCAUACCUAUUGUUAAUCAUAUUAAGUCACUUGGUGGAGAUGCUUAUGUGUUUGCUACUCCAGUUGACAUCCUGAAGCUUCUUUUGCCUGAAAGUUGGAGAGAGAUUCCGUACUUCAAGAGAUUGGAGAAAUUAAUUGGAGUCCCAGUCAUUAAUGUUCACAUAUGGUUUGACAGAAAACUGAAGAACACAUAUUAUCACUUACUCUUCAGCAGAAGUCCCCUUCUAAGUGUGUAUGCUGACAUGUCUGUGACAUGUAAGGAAUACUAUAACCCAAACCAAUCCAUGUUGGAGUUGGUUUUUGCCCCUGCAGAAGAAUGGAUUUCAAGAAGUGACUCUGAAAUUAUUGAUGCUGCAAUUAAGAAACUUGCUAAACUUUUUCCAGAUGAAAUCUCUGCAGAUCAGAGCAAAGCAAAUAUCUUAAAGUAUCAGGUUGUUAAGACACCAAGGUCUGCAUACAAAAUCACCCCAAAUUGUGAACCAUGGCGUCCUAUGCAAAGAUCUCCUGUAGAGGGGUUCUAUCUAGCAGGUGACUACACAAAGCAAAAGUAUUUGGCCUCAAUGGAAGGUGCUGUUCUUUCAGGGAAGCUUUGUGCACAGUCUGUUGUACAGUCAAGGCGUCAUUGGCUUAUUGCUGAUAUACUGAGAUGUGCAGGAUCACAAAUUGCUUGUUUCGUUGGGGGAAAGGAAGUUGGCAGCGGCAAUACUCUGAUUACAUAAUUGGGAUUAGAUUUUGCGAGGCACUGAGAAUCAUCUAGAGAUUGGUUGCUUCACAAAAACAAGGUGGUAUAUUAUUUCAGCAAUGUUGAUAUCAUUAGUUCAUUACCCCAUAAAAAUUGGUAAUCUCUACAAAGACAGCUUCCUGAACUCUUCAAAAGUUUAUAUCCUUAAGUUCUAUCAUUAGUCAUUUUGUAGUUAGUUAAUAGCUAUCUUUAUUGGCAAUAUGAGUAAGCCACUUCUGUCUUUUUGUCGUUUUCUUUCUACUGUUCUCUCUCUCUCUCUCUCUCUUUCAGGUGUCGUGUAAUCCAGUCUUCAAUGUGGGGCUGUCUUUGGACUGCAAAAUCAAGAACCUUUUUUUUU